AAAAAUUGAUUCAGCGAAUGCAAGAUGAGAAGAAUGGCGUACCUGUCCGGACUGUUAAAAGUUUCAUGUCUAAAGUUCCUAGUGUUUUUACAGGAGCUGAUCUGGUUCAAUGGUUGAUGAAGACGUUAGAUAUUGAUCAAGGUAAUACCACAGCGAACUCAAUACAUUUAGGGUCAUUGCUAGCAGCUCAUGGCUAUUUCUUCCCCAUUACGGAUCAUGUGCUUACACUGAAGGAUGACAACACAUUCUAUAGGUUUCAAACACCUUACUUCUGGCCCUCAAAUUGUUGGGAACCGGAAAACACAGAUUAUGCGGUAUACUUGUGCAAACGAACUAUGCAAAACAAAUCAAGGCUAGAACUGGCAGAUUAUGAAGCAGAAAAUCUGGCCAAACUGCAGCGAAUGUUUUCCAGAAAAUGGGAAUUCAUUUUCAUGCAAGCAGAAGCACAAGCAAAGGUGGAUAAAAAGAGGGAUAAGAUGGAAAGGAAAGUGUUGGAUAGUCAAGAAAGAGCAUUCUGGGAUGUCCAUAGGCCUGUACCAGGGUGUGUCAACACUACUGAAAUGGACAUCAAGAAACUCAGCAGAAUCAACAGAACGUUCAAGAAGAAAAAGAUCAACUCUCCAAGUGAAGAUGGUGAUAGCAGAUGUCCGUCAGAUUCAGACAUACAAUCAGCUUCAGAAGAAAGCAAAAGACAGGAGUCUUCUCAUCAUCAUCAUCUGCACUUUGCAUGUUGUUCACCAAUUCUCUUCCUCACUCGUAAGGUGGAGAUGUUGAAAGCAAGAUUAGAAAAGAGGCAGUACAAGACAUCUAAGGUCGCAGAACUAUUAAUAGCAUACUGUCAGCAGUAUCGAGAUUACGACUCGUUUCUCUCAGCGGCAGAGCUGGGUCCAAAUCCUUGGAUAUCAGACGACACAGCAUUGUGGGAAGCUGCCUCAACUAUGAGUUUGAAGGAAGUACCAGUGUACAGGGUAAAAAAAUGGGGUUUCUCCUUCGAUGAUCUCUUGAAGGAUUCCCUAGGAAGAGAUCAGCUAUCAAAGUUCCUGGCUAAGGAGUUCAGUGAAGAAAAUUUGAGGUUUUGGAUUGCAUGUCAAGACCUCAAAAAGAUGACUUUCAGUCAAGUACCAGCAAAAGUGCAGCAAAUAUACAGUGAAUUCUUGUCGGACAGUUCACACAGUCCUAUCAACGUGGAUUCUAAAAUCCUGGACACGACUCGCAAAAAUAUGAAGAACCCAAACCGCUACACCUUUGAUGCCGCCCAGGAACAUAUAUACACGCUAAUGCGCAGCGAUAGUUACCCCCGUUUUCUCAGGUCGGAACAGUACAAGGAGCUGCUUAACCCAAAGAAAAAGACCAAGUCUCUGAUCCCUAAAUUGCCCAGUCUGGCAACCAAGGCCGAAGUCUUGGAUAAAUGAUGCCGCUUGCAGACGCUUCACCUCAACACUAAUCAUGCACCCUAACAAGUUAAUGCAGCAUCUUACCAAUCUACACAUAGUCUAACCAAACCUGUUUGAGCAUCUCAUGAAUCUACACAUAGUCUAAAUACCAGACCUGAGCUGAAUAUGGCUAUUUCCCCCCUUGGAUCAUGGCUCUCAUAGAGCAUUGUGACCAAUGCAUGUGUCAUUGUGUUGGAUGAUGAUUGGUGACUAUCUAAAUACCAUCAAAGUAGUACCAGGAUUACCCUACCAUCCAACAAUCACAUACAUCCUUUAGAACGGCAAUCAUGCAACUAACAUCAGACACCUUGCUACACGCAUGGACUACCCGACCUACCCCAGGAACUACCUACCUGAGUGGCUUUUUACUAGCACUGCUUCAUGAGAAACAAAACUACUUCUAAACACUGACAUGUUAAGGCGUGCAAUGACAUGCUAGGCAUUAAUAAAGACAAAUUAACAGCUCGCAAGAGACUACAGAGACAUGAUUAUGAUGUCUCUCUGUUUCAUUAAUGUGUGUGUUCUUCAACGGACCAUCUUCUACAAAAGAGAAGAGACAAAGAUACUCUUGCACAGAUUUUUGCAUAUUCUCUGGUCCUUCAAUUUUUUUUAAAGAACUUUUAUAUGAGAUUGAAGUAGAGUAUGAAUUGUUUCUUUCCCUUUUUGCCAAUCAGAAGCAGAGAUUAUUCUCUUAUAAGCCCUUGCCUAUAUAACCUCUCUUCUCUCACUCUUCUCUCUGGAUAUGCUGAUUUGACUUAGAUGGGUGUUAACUCGCGAUGGCAACGAGCAGCACUGCUUGUUCGAUCUCAUCUUCAUAAUAGGACACCAAUGGCUUCAAAUGAAGAACCAAUGAGUCCUGCACGCAAAGUUCAAACAUUAUGAUCAUGUGAUGUAGGAACAGAAUACAGCUGGAAGUCAUACCCUAAUAUGUUGUUAUCUUGGACCACCAAAGGUUUGACCGGCAGCCAUCGUGAGUGCUACUACAAUUUUUAUUGUGAGAAGUGAUAGCUGUAGUAUGCGUCGAAAGAGAAGUCUUUGUGUGUGAAGAAAUGAAAGACUAGCUAAUGAAGGCAGGAAUGUUUUUCUGUGAUGGAACCGUAGCUGAUUCUGCAUUCGCUACGUGUAUGUAGGAUAACAGAUCACUUCUGAACUCCCAGCAUAGCGGAUAUCUACAAGCUUCAUAAUAUGCAAGUACAAGUGUUUAGCAGAUAUAUUAAUGUUACGCUUACAGUGUAGGUCAGGGAUCAACUCUUCACCUAAAUCAUGUUCUAAUAACUACUCUGAUAUUCAGUUAUCUAAUUGAAAUUCACCCUCGGAUAACUUUAUCAUACACAGUGUGGUGAGUCCUUGGUCUACCAGCAUAGAAAAGAAAAUACACAUGUACAUGAUUUACAAAGUAGUCUAUUUUGCACAAGUUAUUAGAAUCCAUAGUUACCAAAAAGCCAGCAUCACAGUCCAUUUUCAUGAAUUAUCAUGGAGCUAACAUGUCUGUAAUUACACUUAAUGACCAAAAAAGAUAUUAAUAUCAUUUAAGUUUUUGAAAUUUGUAGGUGGAUUACGAGUAUGUAAAAUGAAUCUUUAUUUGAAAUAAGCUAUUGUUAUGGAAUUCUUCAAACAGAAUAUUGUCAGGAGACAUCUUUGAAAUCUAAUAUGGAUGUGUUUGUCAAUCAGUAUGUUGCUACAGGAUACAUGAAAAGUAACCAUUUUAAUCUCGAAAGGAUUUAAAAGUGAUCCCAGCAGAAUACAAAGUCUGAUCCCACAGAAACAAAUGAAUUAUCUUGUAGCAUAUUUGAGCAUACAUGAUCAGGGAAAAUUGCUAUUAAGUUGAAAAAGUGUGUGUCACAGUUGUGAUACAAAACAAUUAACCUUUCUAACUACUGAAUUUUCUGUUAUGUAUAGACUUAUGCAGGGACAAUUCAAUUCCUUUAGCCAAUAAAUUCAGUUGGAACAGAAGGCAAGAUUGCUUAUAAAAUGCAUCUGUAACGAUUGUUGUCUUUGUUUUGUCAUUUCAUAUAUAAUAUGUCCAAAAUCUGACUAUACAGUGCAUCCCAGAAAAAAACGGAACCGAGAAUAAUUGAUGAUUGAUAAAAACGCAAUCACAAAUACAAUAGACAAAUUACCUAUCAUUGCAAAGCUUAGAAUCUCUCCUCUUUCACCUGGUAGAACUCAAAAGAAAAUCACAUGUCUAAAUAGUUCAAUAUCUGCUCUUUAAUUUGAUACCUCAAUCACAUAAAAAAUAAUGGUCAUCUCAAAUAACAAAGUUCUGUUUAUUUCAAAUAAUACUUGAAUUUCAAUAAUUUUACAAAAUGAAGAUGUUUUACUUGCUUGCUGUCCUCAACACCCUGUUUUGUUGACGGUCAGCCAUGCAUAAAUUCUUUUGUUAACCAUGCGACAGCUACUUGAGGGAAUCUGUGAAAAAACAUUUGUUUUAUGAAAUUUAUGGAGUUACCAGUACAAGCAUUAUUUCAAAGAGACAACUUUGUUAUUUCCUGACCAUUUUUUGUGAUUUGGGUUAUCAAACUAACAAGCAGAUAUCAAAUAAAUAAUUCUCUGUUUUGUUAUUUCUGGUUGCACUAUAAUGUUCUUAUUUCUUGAAUACAAACCUGAAAAAGUCAGAAAUCAUUAGGAUUUAAAAUCCUGUAGCAACAUGCCUAGUGACAAUCCAAGUUAAAAAGACAAUUAUUUGGGGCAUGACCCAAUGAAAUGAGGUACAUGUAGUGAAGUUUAACAUUGUUUGUUCAUGUAGUCCUUCAUUGUUUUCCUUUAAUUUCAUUCCAAUUAUCUUCUUGGAAUAAAUAAAACUGUUAUGAUAAAAAAAGAUUUUAUUAUGAUUUUUGUAGUGUUAUGAGAGUAGUAUAUUCCAUUUUAUAUAUUAUAGAAAAUGAUGUUUAUUGCAAUAUUGGGUAUAAGUACGAUUUCUAAGAACUGCUGGUUAGUUCAAGUAAACAAUGCUUUUAUUAUUGGUGUUAUUACUAAUGGACAUAUGAAUUGCAAAGCAGGUGUUUUAUCUUCAUGUGAUAGUGGAUUACUUAUCAUAGCCCAUUGAUUUCAUUUGAAAAUCAUAAGAUUAACCAACUGUUGAGUUAAUUAAAGUUAUGUAUUAACUUUAAAACAAAACUAUUCCUUGUUUUUCAAUGUGAAAUAAAACAAGAUUAUGACCUCCCUAGUAACAUCACAUUUGAAAAAAAAAGUUCUGAAAGGUUGUUAAAAACUUCUCCCAUCAUAAGUUUCUUGCCAUUACAUUGAAACAGUAAAGAGAUGUGCAAUUGAUAAGUCUAUUUCCAAACUUCAAGGUUUGUACUUAUGAGUGUUUAAUAUGAAGGCUGCAGAUAUUAUAUCCUCUUGGAAUUAUUACCUCAUUUUAUUUGGUGUCUUAGAAGCUAUAUGUACAAUUUAUCAUUCUCUAGAAUUGGCUCUACAAAAUUUCUAUUAUCCUACAACUAUUACUAUAAUAGGAAGUAGUUCUUGCAUGCAGUUCUUUAAGAUUAUAAGAAAUUAACUUAAAAAACAUAGAGGAAUAUUGUGAGCAUUUAAUUAAAAUAAAAUCAUAUUUAUGGGGAAAUGAAUAGCAUGUUGAUUAAAACUUUCCAAGGCCCUUAAACCAAUAAAAAGUUAGAAUAGGUUACACACAGUGAUGUGAAUAUUUUCUCAUUGACAGAGAAAAAUUCAACACAGCUGUUUUAUGGAUCAAUCUUUGGUUUUGUUAUUAACCUUUUUAACGUUGGCUCAUAUUUUCACUAUUUUUAAAAUGCUUCCAAUGAAUAAUAACUACUUGAGACAUUCAGAUUGGUCUUUGAACUAUAUAUCAUGAAUGUUUAAACCAUUUAAAGUAUUGAACAUUUUUUUUUUCAAAAUUCAGCAGGGGAAAUUAAGACAGCCAUUGAAAAAGAAUUAUGGCUCAGAUUUUCUAGACAUAAACAUCCACGGAAACAAGGAUAUUACAGUAAGAGACUAAUUAUUAUUCUAAAUCUAAUCAUCACAUUUUCAGGUAUCAGAAUGAGAAUUUGUAAUUCUAAAUUGGGUGACUAUUAGGUCUAAAGCAUUUGAAUAGAUGCCAGGACAAUGAAUAAAAUACAUACAGAGAAAUUUAAUUAGUAGUUAUGAAAACAGUUAGUGAUAGUUCCAAAUGGAUCAAUAGUUAAAACAUUCACUAUAGAGAAUUAAAGUGACAUCCUUUUUUUUGGGGGGGGGGGGGAACAUUUCAGCAUUUUCACGAUCCUAUUUCCAUAAGGCAUGCUUUAAAAAAAAGGCUCUUCGUACAGUUUUAGAUUUUAUGUGUGAAGAGGAUUAAAUGAGUUUGUAAUGAAAGCUUUUUUCUUUCCUCAUGGUUCUUUCCCCAUUAGCAAAUUCCUAAGCAUUAAUUCACUUUCUUUUGUGUAUCAAAGCAGUCCAUAGACAAUUUUUUGAUAAUAGCAACAUAUUUAAGAUCACAAAAUAAAAUAUUGAAAA